AUUUUUUGUGCUGCUACUGCAAAGAGUGUGCUACACGUAUCUCUACAGAUACCUAGCUUCCAGAGUCGUUGCCUUAUAAAUUUUUCUGAUGCUUAGGGUAUACGUAGAUUAGGAUUUACUUUCAAUUCUUCUUGACGGGGUGGUUUUGACUGCAAAAUAGUCGAACGCUUAUUAACAAUAAUAGUUAUUCCAUUAAUAAUCGCCAAAAAAUGCUAUCUCAGCAGCAAGUGUUACUAUCCACUUUCCUGAUAACGGUCCUGCAUUUGAAUCUGCCCGCUCAGGGAGUAAAUGCAGCUAAUCCAAAUGAUGAUUGUAUGAGCGUCCUCGAAGGUUUGGCUAACUGCAUCGACGAUCCUUCAGCAGCAGGCAAAUCCACUUCGUCCGGUAGUAGCAAUUCUGAUAUCCUGAAGAAAUGCGACGCACUUUCAAAAACGGCAGGCUGUUCUUCAAAGAUUCCUCAACAAUGUUGGAAGAACGAUGCUUUUUCAGCAAUGAAAAGCACCUUUGACUUUGCUAACACGUUGACCCAGGGAUGUGCAAGCGCCGGAGGCCGACGGAACUUGCAAGACUUAACUGAAUGCAAUAACAAAAAUCGCCAAGGAUUUGAAUCCUGUUUCAACUUCACCGUCAUCGAUCGGACCCUUUCUCUGGCUGAUACCAAGGAUGGGAAAAUCGAUUUCAGCGGCAUGUGUUGCGUAAUAAAAAACGGAAAUGCAUGCUACACGCCGAUUGUUAACAAGAACUGCGGAGCAAAAGGGAAGAGCGCGUUGGAUGGAAUUACUGACUUCUUGUUACUCGCUAUGGAAUGCAAAUCAAAUGCAAGCGGAUGUCACUAGCUAUAGUUCUAAUACAGGAUACUAUAUUAUUAUAAUUAUGUGAUCGACGUUAAUUAAGUUCUAACUCACAAUUCUUUAUAAAUUAGUUGAGCAUUGUUUGUGCACAGAUGCUUCGAAAACCGUUCUUCGAUAACGACUCCGACCUGUGAGGUUGCCACUUCUCAUUAAACCGAAAGUGCUGUAUUA